CACACAUCAGAAAUUCAGAAUACUCUGUUCGCACUUGUCCUCCCGGACGCUCCCAAACCCUAGGCGCGUGACCAUGUCGGGGUCGUACGGAUCCGACGACUACCGCGGCGGCGGGGGUGGUGGCGGCGGCUAUGGCGGCCGAGGUCGGGUCGGGAUCCUGCGGGUUGUGUGUGUGCGCGCGCUUGCUUUUGGAUCUGCCCCUGACUGGCUUGGUUUUGUAGGUGGCGGCGGAGGCGGCCGUGGGCGAGGAGGUGGCGGCGGAGGAGGGGGAGGAUAUGGAGGUGGUGGAGCGGGAGGUGGAUAUGGUGGUGGUGGAGGCGGAGGCUACGGCGGCGGUGGUGGAGGGUUUGGCGGGGGAGGUGGUAGAGGUGGUGGUGGAGGAGGCUACGGCGGGGGCGGUAGAGGCGGGGGUGGAGGUGGCCGAGGUGGCGGCGGAAGGGGUGGAGGACGCGACGGGGACUGGGUUUGCCCGGACCCGAGCUGUGGCAAUGUGAACUUUGCAAGGAGGACUGAAUGCAACAAGUGUGGAGCACCUUCUCCAGCUGGUGGUGGUGGUGGUGGGGAUGGGGGCUAUAAUAGAUCCAGUGGAGGAGGUGGAGGCUACAAUCGUGGUGGUGGUGAUUUUAGUUCCGGAGGUGGUGGUGGCUAUAACAGAGUUGGUGGAGAUUACAAUUCUGGUGGCCGUGGUGGUGGCAGUGGAGGGGGAGGAAGAGGAGGUGGUUACAAUAGAGGUGGUGGAGAUGAUCGUGGAUUUGAUGACAACCGUGGUGGCAGGGGUGGUUAUGGUGGAAGAGACCAAGGGAAUAACCAAAGGGGAGAUGAAAGCCGUUACGAUUCUGGUAGCUAUGGACAAGUUCCUCCUCAAGGUCCUCCUUCCUAUGGUGGGCCUGGAGGUGACUACACAGCACCUCCAAGCUCCUAUGGAGGCAAUAAUGCAUACAAUUCAGAUUCUGCAGUGCCACCUCCUAGUAGCUAUGGUGGUGGUCCAGGUUCAUAUCCACCAAGUUAUGGUGCACCACCUCCGAAACCCCAAUAUAGUGGUGGUGCUCCAGGCGGCCAAGGUGGCCUACCUCCUACGUAUGAUGGUGGUUAUGGUGGUCGACCUAUGCCUGGGGGUGGAGGCCCUGGUGCACCACCGCCACCCUAUCAUGGUGGUGGCGGUGGCGGGGGCGGCGGAUACACUGGCAGUGCUGCCCAUGAGCCAACUACAAAGGUUAAACAGUGUGAUGAAAACUGUGAUGAGACAUGCGACAAUGCUAGGAUUUACAUCUCCAACUUACCUCCAGAUGUGACUGUUGAGGAACUGCAAGAACUAUUUGGAGGAAUUGGCCAGGUUGGAAGGAUCAAGCAGAAACGUGGUUACAAAGACCAGUGGCCCUGGAACAUAAAGAUCUAUACUGAUGACUCUGGAAAGAAUAAAGGAGAUGCUUGUCUUGCUUAUGAAGAUCCUUCUGCUGCUCAUUCAGCUGGUGGAUUUUAUAACAAUUAUGAUAUGAGAGGAUACAAAAUUAGUGUGACAAUGGCUGAGAAAUCGGCACCUAGAGCUCCCACAUAUGGUCAUGGAGGUGGACGUGGUGGCUAUGGUGGAGGGCGCAGGGAUAACUUCAGAGAUGGAGGCGGCCAUGGGCCUAACAGGCAUCAAGGUGGUGGUUCACGUUCAAGGCCAUACUGAAAGCAACUAAUAUAGUUAAGAUUGUCAUAUGUGAGAAACAAUUUCUAUUCCUGUUCCUCGGACUUGUAUUCAAAACAGGAGCGUAAGGUAGGUUGCCUGCUUUUCCCGGAAUUAUAUUCCAUUGUCAUACUCCAAUGUUGGUCGGAUGUUUGUUUGCCUCAUGCAAAAGUGAUUGAUCUAUGUUAUAUGAAUUUUUCCCUAGAGGCAGAUGGAUAAGCUCCAAAUGCUGGUAGGUUUGAGAUGUUAUUUCAGCCGGUGGAUCAACUCCUGUAAGCGUGGAUUUUGCCGAGGAGAAACAGAUUUGGUAUUUGGGUGUUUUCCAGGAGAGGCUUAAUCUGGGGGUCCUGGACUUGCAGAUGGGCGAAGUUUUGGUGCCUUGCAUGUCGUUUUCGUUUUGACAUGUACAUGAUAUAUGUAACUUGCUAGAGUUUGAUUGUUUGAAAUUUGCUGAAUACAA